AUGACCAGUAUAUUCGACGGUCCUUAUUUCAAAGUUAAUAAAUUCAUGGCACAAGUUUGCGGUGUGUGGCCUUAUCAAUCGAAGAUGAAAAAUUUCAUCACCUUUACCAUUUUCGCCCUAACAGGUUUUUCUUUCUUGUUUGCUCUGCUGUCUGGAUUAAUGCAGGAAUGGAGCACGGACGUGAUAAUCAUCCUCGAGACGUUGGUCAUUUUUGUUUUCGUUUUAGGCGGCACUGUGAAUAACGUUAUUUUGUACACACAUCAGAGCACGACAAAAUUUUUGUACGAACGAAUCUUGAAAGACUGGCGGGAGAUAAGCGACAUAAACGAGCGUGCCAUUCUCGAGAAGCACACAAAGAGUGGCCAAGAUCAUAUCGUCGUGUCCUUACUAUUCCUCGUGGUGUCGUUUAUAGUGACAACAUUAGUCCCUUUUCUGCCACGACUCCUCGAACCUACCGAGUCAACGGGCUAUUCAUACGACUUCCCCUACUACUGUCACUGCUUGAUUAUUAGCCAAGCUUUCCAACACUACCAAGUUUUCGCACACUUUUUCUCAUCGAUGAUCCUCAUAAACUUGGCUUACAUGGCCUUUAGUAGAACCUUCAUCGCCAACGUUCGGCAUGUCUGUGCUCUCUAUGCGAUUGCACGGUAUCGUUUGGAAAACGUGAUGAAACCCAGAGGAAAGAACUUCCACUUGACUCAGGAUGAUCUUGUUUCGAAUUUAAUUAGUGCCAUACGAGAGCACAACCAGGCCAUAAGCUAUCUGGAAUUGAUAGAAAAUACUUUUAGUGGGCCAUUAUUCGUUACCGAAUUCAUGGGCUUGGCAUGCAUGGCCAUUCUGAUAUUUGACAUUAAAAACCAUCUGAACAAUACACCUCAAGUUAUACGUCUUAUCUUUAUGUUGGCACAAUUCUGCUUAUACUUACUUACUUUGAACGCAACCGGGGAGCAAGUGCUAAAAAGCUGUGAUGACUUUUUAAUAGCAGCGUAUUUUAUUGAAUGGUACAAAAUGCCCUUGAAAGCUCGAAAGUUCCUGCUGAUGAUAAUGAUACGUGCCAAAAAAAGAAAUCACUUGACAGCUGCUUCAUUAGUGACACUCUCAAUGGAAACUUACGCUAUGGUUAUUAGAACUUCAUGGUCAUUUGCAACGGUACUUUUGACUGCAUUAAACGAAAAGUAG